AUGUCGUGCCGCCGAAAGAACUACACGCACGCUCUUCUCGAACUGCACAUGCAUGAGCAGCUGAGAAUAGCAGCUUUGAUGCCCCCUGUCACUACGAACGCAGAGGAGAAGGCUCAUCCCAUACCCACACCCACCUCCUGCACGAAACCCACUUGCCCCCUCCCCCGAUCCAAACCACCACCUACCCUCCAUCUUCUACAGCGCCGCCGCCGGAGCACAACCACAGGUCGCCGCCGCACGGCCCAGCCUAGUCAACCUUCCACCGGUGCCGCAGCCGGAUCCCCACCCCAGGCCGCCGCCGCGCUGCCCUGCCCUGCAUCAAUCUUCUGCCACGGCGCCCUCAACCCCUCCCUACCCCGCCCGCCCUCUACCUAUGCCGCCGCCUUGGCCCGGCCACCUUCUGCCUACACCGCCGCCCGCCAACUCCCGCAUCCGUUCGUGAGAUCCGGCGGCCCGCACCCAUUCCUCUGCCUACCGGUCUCCCACGCCGCACACCACGACCCACGGCGACGCCAGAUUCGUGCGCCACACUCCCACGGCGAUGCCGCCACAGCCAGCCGCCGGAUCCAGCAACUGGAUCCGCACCACCAGCAUGCGUGCUGUAGCCAGGUGGCAGGCGAGCUGCCUCCUCCCCGGCGUGGCCAGGCUCCAUGGUCGGGGCCCCUAUUUCGUGCAGGUCAUGUCAUUGGUGAUCGCUCUGGGGCUACAAAACGAAAGGGGCUCGUCGGCAGUUUGGUAGCGCUCGCCGUGCAGCUCCGCGACGACAAUUUUGCAGUGUUGCUGCAAUCCUCGGGCUACGCUCUGCAGUCCGCCCGCAUGGGGCACGCGAGGAAAAUUGGAAAGGGUGAUAUAUCUCCAACGUAUCUAUAAUUUAUGAAGUAUUCAUGCCAUGUUUACAACAAUUUUAUAUGGUUUUGGUGCGAUUUGCAUGGAACUAAUCCGGACUGACGCUGUUUUCAGCAGAACUACCGUGGUGUUGUUUUUUGUGCAGAAAUGAAAGUUCUGCAAAUGAGCUAAAACUUUUUGAUGAUUUUUUGGGAACAAAAGAGACCCCCGAAGGCUUGUGGGAGGGCCAGAAGAGCCACGAGGAGGGCACAACCCACCAGGGCGCGCCUGGUGGGCCUGGCUUACCCUGGUGGGUUGUGCUCACCUUGAGGCCCAUCUUAGCGUGAAACCAACGCCAAAAAAUCCUAAAAAUAGAGAAACCAUCAGGGGUUAACCUAGAUAAGAAGUUCCAACGUCGCAAGGCUCUGUAGCCGCCGAAAACCAAUCUAGACACUUUUCGGCACCCUGCCGGAAGGGAAAUCAUCUCUGGUGGCCAUCUUCAUCAUCCCGGCGGCCACCACGAUGAGGAGGGAGUAGCCCACCCUCGAGGCUGAGGGUUUGUACCAGUAG